CCGGCGCCAAGCACGGCGUGCGUGUGCACGUGCGUGUGCAUGCGCGUGUGCAGCGUGGGCCGGCCCCCAGCCUCCGGAGCCGCCGGCAGUGCCCGUCGUGGGACAGCCACCGAGCCGAGCGCUGCGGACGCCAUGGUCCCGCGGGGCCCCGCAUGGUGCCUGCUGCUGGGGCUCUGCGCCCUGCUCCCCCCCGCCAGCACCCAGGGGACCCCAGAAGAGGAUGCGGAGCCGGGGGUCCCCGAGCGCUGCGGCGUCACCUUCCACACCCCCAGCCCCUGCGGGCCCCCCCGGCCGCCCCCCUCGGCCUCCCGCGAGGAGCUGGAGCAUCUCCAGAGCCUCCUGCAGCAGACCAGGGCCAGCCUGCAGGACGUGGAGGCGGCGGCGGCGCUGGAGGAGCACCGGCCCCGCUACCAGGACGUGAUCGCCGAGGCGCUGCCCGCCAUCCGCGGGGCCAACCGGGAGUUCCAGGAGAGCCUGGACAACGUCCGCAGGGAGCUGGAGGCGCACGUGGCCGAGACCGAGCACCCGCAGGCGGUGGAGAAGAGGGAGAAGCUGCGGAAGGACGUCCGCGUGGUGGCCCACGUCCUGCGGCUCACCGCCCGCCUGGCCCGCGCCCUCGACGCCUCCUCGCGCCGCCUCCAGGACGAGCUCAACCAGCGCCUGCAGCGCUCGGCCGCCCGCGCUGCCGCCGGCGCCCAGCCCUAGGACGCGGGGCCGGGCUCUGCCCCCGCCCUCUGUAAGGCCUUGCUUGCUGGUAGGACCCUCUUUUGCCCCCCAGCCAGCUCGCUCCCACCGCUUUCGGGGCGUCCGGCUCCUCCGCGCGGCCCCAGGUUUGCGGAACAAGCCGGGUGCCGGGCUGGCACCGGGAGGGACGGGAGGCUGCAGCCUGCUGUGUGCUGCCCGUAGCCCCAGCCCCAAGUCUUUAAUGCAUUUAUCCCGCAGGAGCUGCGCCCUGCUGUAGCACAGCCCCGUGUGCACGGGGAGACCCCCUCUGCUGCAGGCUCCUGCACCCUUGGGCCCUCCCCGAGCGUGCUUUGUCCAUGCAGCAUUUGAAGCUUGCCAGACUCGUGCGCCAGUAUCUGAGCACGUUCCCGGGGCUCCCCAGUACCCCCAAAGUGCCUUAAAAAUGAACCCCAGCUCCUUUGGGGCUCGGCUGCAUCCCGCUGGUGACCUCCCCGCAUCGCAGCCCUCUUGGAUGCGUCCCCGCGUGGGCAGAGCCACCGCCAGCCCCCGUUAAUCCGUCACACAGCCCCAGCCUGGUCCAGGCUCACAAGCUAAAAGACCCCGUCACCCCCCGGCUGCUGGGAGCAGGAGGCUGGGGAGCAGCAGGGCUGGGGACAGGGCUGGGGACAGGGCUGGGGACAGGGCUGGGGACAGGUUGGCUGUGCACGCGCACGCCGGGAAGCGCCGGGCAGAGCCACGAACCACCCAGCAGUAAAUCGAAGCUGGCAUCCGGAGUGCACCAAGCCCACGGGGCUUUGGGCACCAGGAAAAGAGCUGGAGGCAGAACACCCCGGUGAAUUCGGGAGCCAGGGGGGGGGUCUCCGGGCACGGUGUGUCCUGGCCACCCUGCCAUGCCGGCCAUGGGGUCCCUGCUGUCCCCGUACGGCCCCGGGGCUGGGCACGAGGCAGGGAUCCCCGGGGGCAGCGGCAGCGGCACGACUUCAGGCGCUGCAGGCAGUGGAAUAAAGAGGCAUUGCGCUCUGCCAGGCGUCA